CACACCAAUGCAUCCUGGGACGAAGAAGGUAACGCUGUAGUCCUGUAAAGACUGAAGUCUUUGAACGGAAGAUGAAUUUUGUGCCUGCACUUCUGUAACGCACGCUUUGAAAAAGUAGUUGUGGGCGAUCAAAUAAAACAACAACAACCGACACUGAAGUCGUGUGGGUGAAGAGACAGCGAGGAAAAUGGGAGCUGAUAAAAGGAUAAGUCGGACAGAACGGAGUGGUAGAUAUGGCUCUGACCAGUCCCGUGAUGAAUCAGAAUGGCGUGACAGAAGAGACAGGGAUCAAGAGCGUGAUCAUAACAUGCGCCGCUGGGGAGAAGAGAGACGCAGUGAUCGCUACGAUGGAGAUCGCAGAGGAACAAGAGACAGUCCGGAGCAAAGAGACAGGAAGCGACGCAACAGUGACAGAUCUGAAGAUGGUUAUCACUCUGAUGGUGACUUCCCAGACCAGGAUUACAGAAGAGAGCCUGGGGAGGAGAAGAAGAGCAAGACCAUCAUGCUCUGGGGUCUGUCUCCUCACGUCACUGAAGAUGAUAUUCGUUUUGCCAUUGACCAACUGGAGGGACCCCAGCCAGUGGACGUCAGGCUAAUGAAGAAAAAAACAGGUAUAAGCCGUGGUUUCGCCUUCGUGGACUUUUAUCACUUGCAAGAUGCUACCCGGUGGAUGGAGACCAAUCAGAAAUGUCUGACCAUCCAGGGCAAAAUUGUGGACAUGCACUACAGCAAUCCCCGUAACAAGUAUGAAGAUUGGCUCUGCAACACUUGUGGCCUGUACAAUUUCCGGAGGAGGCUGAAGUGCUUCAGAUGUGGAGCAGCCAAAGCUGAAAGUGAAACCAGCGGUAAUACCGGAGUCUCUGAAACUCAGAAUGGUGGCGAUUUCUACGGCGACACAAUCAUCCUGAGAAAUAUUGCUCCCCUGACCACCGUGGAAGCCAUCAUGUCAGCCCUGGCACCAUAUGCUAAUCUUUCAUCUAACAAUAUUCGUCUCAUCAAGGACAAGCAGACGGGCCAGAACAGAGGCUUUGCCUUUGUACAGCUCUCCUCUCCCUUGGAGGCCUCUCAGCUACUAACCAUCCUCCAAGGACUGCAGCCUACUCUAAAACUGGAUGGAAAAACAAUUGGGGUGGAUUAUGCCAAGAGUGCUAGAAAGGACCUUUUACUACCAGAUGGGAAUCGUGUCAGUGCCUUCUCUGUAGCCAGCACAGCGAUUGCUGCAGCCCAGUGGUCAUCGAGUCAGAGUUCAGAGGGAAUGUCUGAGUACAGCUACCUGCAAGAAGGAUAUACUCCAAUGUCACAGGAAUACCAGUCGUUCUACCAUCAAGGAGCAGGGCCCAGUACCUCACAGGGGAAUGGAAUUCUAGGAGCCGCCCCAAGUGUCAAGAUUCUUCCAACUGCAGCUGGAGUAGUGAUCUCACAGGGUGCCCAAGUUUACCAACCACAUAUAAUUGCCCAGCCUGCUGUUCAGGCUUUGGCACUUGCUCAGCAAAUGGAGGCAAAACCCCAAACAGGACAUCUGUCAAGCCUCAACGCCUUGUCUGUUGGUCCUGUGGGUGCAGCCGCCGUUACCAGUGCCAGUACAUCUGCAGCCUCUGGACAGAAAGCUGACCCUGCUAUUCCGGAUACAUCCACCUAUCAGUAUGAUGAGUCCUCUGGCUACUAUUAUGACCCUCAAACUGGCCUCUACUAUGACCCGUAUUCACAUUAUUACUUCAACUCUCAGACCCAGCAGUAUCUGUACUGGGACAGUGAGAAGCAGGCGUACUUGCCAGCCCCAACUGACGCACCCACAGGACAAAAUGAUAACGCCACGAGCGGCUCUGCCUCAGGAAGUAAGGACGGCAAGGAGAAAAAGGAGAAGCCCAAAAGCAAGACUGCUCAGCAGAUUGCUAAAGACAUGGAACGGUGGGCUAAAAGUCUCAACAAACAGAAGGAGAACUUCAAGAGUAGCUUUCAGCCUAUCAGUCAAGAAGAGAGGAAGGAGGCAGCCGCUGCUGAUGCUGGUUUCACGCUGUUUGAAAAGAAGCAGGCAGGAACCUAUGAAAGACUGAUGCCAGAGAUGCCAAGGGUCAUUGAGGAAGAGCCACCAACUAGCUCAGCCAACACCUCCAAGUGUGGCCUUGUGGCUGCCUACAGUGGAGAUAGUGACCCAGAAGAGGGUGGAGUCGAGACUGACGGCGGCGAGUGCAGCCAGGAUAAACUGACAGACUGGUCCAAGUUGGCCUGCUUGCUGUGUAGGAGACAGUUUCCUAAUAAAGAGAGUCUGCUUCGACAUCAACAACUCUCUGACCUCCACAAGAAAAACAUAGAGGUUCUCCGCAGGUCGCAGAUGAGCGAAGCAGAGCUGGAAGAGUUGGAAAGGAAAGAGACUGAGUUGAAAUACAGAGACAGAGCAGCCGAGAGGAGAGAAAAAUAUGGCAUCCCUGAACCACCGGCGCCCAAAAAGAAGAAAUUUAGCCAACCGACACCAACAGUUAACUAUGAGCAGCCCACCAAAGACGGCCUCAACAGUGACAAUAUCGGAAACAAAAUGCUACAGGCCAUGGGCUGGAAGGAGGGGAAAGGACUUGGUCGCAACCAGCAGGGCAUCACUGCACCCAUUGAGGCACAGCUGAGAACUAAAGGAGCUGGACUUGGGACAAAAGGCACCAACUAUACCCUCUCUCCUUCCGACACGUAUAAAGAUGCAGUCCGUAAAGCCAUGUUUGCACGCUUCACGGAAUUAGAAUGAGCAGGUUCAUUUUCCAUCAUGUCUAUAGUAGCAGAGAAAAAAAGCAAAAGGAGAACAUCUUUAAAUGAUUCCACUCCAUAUUUUAUCCAUGAUGAUUAUACCUCUUGCCUUGAACAUGGCCAUAGAAAUAAGCUAUAACGGAGGUAUAUUAAUUAAUUAAUUUAAAAGUUGUACAUAUGCACAGUUAAGUUUACUUGGCCUAGUUUACAAAGUUGUUUUUUUGUAUUUCUCCUGUGAUUUAUUUUUUUUGGUCUCCGCAUGUGAAAAAGAUUGUACAGUUUAUACAAAAUCUCGUUUGUACAUAGAAUAAAUUACAUAUGACAUUUCA